UUAUAUGCCCCAUAAUUUUCCUAUAAGGAGAAAUUGGUCUGGGUUCUUAAGGGUUCAGCUAAAUGUUUUGGCUUUGGCAGUGUAUGCGACCAUGAGGAACCUGGCUAAACGUGAAGCUCUGGAGGAGGCAGCAGGUCGUACUUUGGGCAGCACACUGGAGAUCAAGGAGCUCGACGUCUGUGAUGAGAAUUCUGUCAAAGCCUGUGUGGACAGCCUGCCCAUGCGCAGAGUUGACAUUCUCAUUAGUAAUGCUGGAAUGGGAAUGAUUGGCCCCAUUGAGUGUCAGACCAUUGAUGAGAUGAAAUCUGUCAUGGACACUAACUUCUUUGGGCUUGUGCGACUCUUGAAGGAGGUUCUGCCUGAUAUGAAGAAGAGAAAAAGUGGCCACAUAGUGGUAAUCAGCAGUGUAAUGGGGAUUCAGGGUAUUUUGUUUAAUGACAUUUAUGCUGCUUCCAAGUUCGCUGUUGAAGGGUUCUGUGAGAGUCUGGCAGUUCAAGCUCUGAGAUUCAAUCUGAAUAUCAGCCUCAUUGAACCAGGACCUGUCGUCUCAGAGUUUGAGCGUAAGGUGUAUGAGGAUGGCUUGAAGAUAGACCUCUCCAAAGCUGAUAAAGUGACAGCAGAUAUGUUUACCAACAUCUACUUAAAGAAUUACAACCAGAUAUUCCAGAGUUUUGGACAAACUCCAGAGGAUGUUGCAGAGCACACAUUCAAAAUGAUCACCAUGGACAACCCACCAUUUCGCCAUCAAACUAACCAUCUGUACACACCCAUGACCACCCUAAAAUAUGAAGAUCCAAACGGUGACCUUCCCAUUGAAACCUUCUAUAAAAUGGUGUUUGAACAUGACAAGGUGUUCAAUGCAAGUCUCAAUUUCCUCAAGCUCCUGCGCUGGAGAAGCCGUAAGAGCUUCUCUUUGGAAAAAGACAAGAAUGCCUCUUAAAGAAUAUUCUGCUGGAGACCUGGGGGUAUUCCAGAAAACAAUUUCACAAUUUAGUCAAGCAAUUUAACUGGUUAAGUUCACCCAAAGUAAAUGGACAACCUCAACUUUCGGUUCCAAAAACUGGGGAAAUUUCAUGAUAUGUAAGUAGCCAUACAGCAAAUUACUCUCUAAACAUAACUUGCUCCAGAGCAGGAUAUGUUCCAGGGUUGGUUUACUUCAGAUAAAUGCCUCUCAGCCUCAUAGAUAUUCAGCGAAUUCUUGCCUUUUUGUUGAGGCUCCAGUGGGCGUGACAGCAAAGAUAAAGCAUGAUAUUAUAAUUUUAAGGCAUUAUAAUACUAAAUAUUUCUAUAUAAUAUAAUUUAUUAAUAAAAAAAUACAAUAAAUACAAAAUACAACGUACGCAUGAGAUACAUCACACCUUUUCACCAAUAUGGAAGUAAAAUCUAAAAUCUAAAAAAUCUAUAUACUGUAUAUGGCAGGGAUUGUCUAGUUUUGCUCCUUGAGGGCUACUGUCCUGCAGAGUUUAGUGCCAACACAUCUCCCAAGAAAUUCUAGUUAUCCUGAGGACCUUUAUUAGCUUGUUCAAAUGUGUUUAAGGCUGUUUUUUAAAGGAUGUCAGUGGACAACCUACUGACUAAUCUUCAAGAUGUUUACCAAUAAACAUUCAUUUUGGAUUUUUAUCUUUUUUUUUUUUUUUGAACAAAAAGUCACAGACUAUUUUGCAACAGACUCUAUAGUCUGUUCUAUAGUAUCUCCAAUCCCUGCUUCUGGAGAGCUAUGAUCCUGGGGUGUGUUUCCCAAAAGCAAUUAUGGUCACAGGGUUCAACAGAACUAUAGUUGGGAAAUGAUACUUUUGGGAAACACACCCCUGCAGACUUCAGUUCCAAUGAUCAAUUAACCCUCAACACCUUGAUUAGCUGGUUCAGGUGUGUUUAAUUGGGGUUGGAGCUGAACGUAGGACGGUAGCUCUCUAUGAGCUGGGUUGCAGACCCCUACGAUAAUGUGAUCCAAAUCGACCAUUAUGCCUUUGCAAAUGGUAGAUAUGCGGAGGUUGGUAUCUCCUCAAAAUAAAAGGAAUAUCUCUGGCUAAACUCUGCUGGAUGGUAGCCCUCCACGCCCCUGAACAUAAUACAGCCAUAAUAUCUUUGCAUAAUAUCUUUAUUUAGCAUCAGUUCUGCAUCACUGAAAUGCAGUAGCCUACCAAGAAAUAAAAAAUUAAAAAAUUAUGUGUUUAAAAAUAGACUGCAUAAUAGGUACCGAUAUGUGCUUCCUCUUAGCAUUUGUUUUCAUGGAGUUUGUUUCAUGGAUUCGACACACUGUUUAUUUGUGUUCAUUAAGUCUUAAUUUUAACAAAAACGCCAGGCAUCAUACACUUGUUGACUUGUAAAUGGUUACAGAGAAAACCUGAGCAUCAUACACUAAACAACUGAGCAUUUUAAAAGUGUGCCUCAUUACUAGAACAUACUACAAUUAAAAAUAAAUCUGUUCUCAAAAAAAAAAAAUAAAUAAAUAUAUAUAUAUAUAUAUAUAUAUAUAUAAUAAUAUUAUAUAUAUAUAUAUAUAUAUAUAUAUAUAUAUAUAUAUAUAUAAGCCAAAUAAAAAACAGAGUCCAUGUUCAUCAUACACUAUGCAAUUUUCUGCUAAAUCUGUCAACAUUGACUGCUGAAAACCUGCAGGCUGGCUCUGACUUUCAGCAUCUAGCAUCAGUGUGUCCAGAACGAAAAAGUCUGGCCCUGGGCAAAAGCCAUGUUGUGUAUUGCAGCCUUAACUCUAGACCGCCUUUCUAGAGCCAAUCAAUCGCACAUGUUCUACAAGUUAAUCAACUGAGAGUUCAGGAUUUAUAUGGCACUAAGUUAACCUUGUUUUCUGGAAUACCUCCAAGGACAGCUGACCUGUUUUCAUUAUUUCAGAAUUUCAUUAUAUGUGAAUAAAUGCAAUAAUGCAUAAUACCAAAUAUUGUACAAUCUUUUAUUAUAAAUCACAGAGUUAGCUAAAAGUUUGCAAAAUUUUCAUAAUAGUUGUGCUGUUACCUGUGCUAAUUGAUUUCCAUCCAUCAGUUGAAGACAUCUGAAUAAAUUAAUUGUUCAUCUAAUCUUUUCUCUCUUUCUUUUGGUCGUCUUGAAGUCUCAUCAUCUACUUAGACUUUAGGUUAUCUUUACAUAUGAGUACCAAAGUACCAAGCAAAACUAUCAUCUCUGCCAAACUUAAUCUGGAUAAAUCCCUUGAUACAAAAAACAAAAGAUGAAGAGUCAGGACAUGAGGGAAGAGAUUAUAUUCUUAACAUUUGAAUUUUAUCCAAUUAAUCUAUGCAUGUCAUGAAUAAAACUGAUAUGUUC